AUGGCGGUCCAAAGCCACGACUCGCCCAAACGGAGCCGCGUCCUAAGCCUCACCAGCAGCAGUGGCAAGUCGGAGAAAUCGCGCAAGAGCAGCGGCUCGCAGCACAAGAUAAAACUCACCGAGACGCACGAGGAGAAAGAGGCAUAUAGACCGCGCACAUAUGCAGAUCCGACUCGAGCUAUUCAGGAAUUGCAACCAGCUGCGGUUGCAUUACAGAAAUCGAAUUUGGAGUCGUUGCGAGCUAUCCAACAUAAAGAUAUCUAUGGAAAUCCAAUAACUGACCCCGAUUUAUCAAAUCCUACGCGCCAUCGAUUCGAGCGUCCCUUGGAUACCAUUCGCUCGUUUGAAGCAGCCAUUGAUGGGAGUUAUCUGAACCGAAGGGUGUCGUAUAUUCGAGGAGACGAGAGUGCAAACGGUGGCUACAGCAGACGAAGUAGUUAUUUUGGAGAUCGAGGAGGGGGAUAUGGCAAUCAUCGGAUCGGGGGAUACAACGAACAAGCCAACUAUUCGAACCACCGCCUGGCCCCGUCAAGGCCUGAUAGUUUUGCUGAAAGCUAUGGCGGGGGCAAUUACAACGGAUAUAAUAACGGCUACAACAAUAACAACAGCAACAAUAAUAGUAACAAUGGCUACCAGCCACGGACCCCUCGUCAUGGUGGACGAAUGAAUCCUGACCAGCACAUGCAGGGAUACAAUAACAUCAACAACAGCUAUCAGUCCCAGCAGCAAUCACAGUAUCCACCAGGUGAUAAUUACAACUAUCCAUCCCCCUCAGGCGCCGGGGCGGAUGCAUAUGCAGACCCAAACAAUACCGGGGAUGACAACAACAAUCCGCCCUACCGACAACAACCACAACAACCACCACCACAACCACCACCACACCAACAGAACCAGCCCCAGUCCCCCCGCCACCAAACCCUCGCAGAAACAUACGGCUUCAACGGCUUCGGCGACGCCCCGGAUCUCGACUCCCCACAAUCCCCUCACGGCGCCAACAGCCGUGGCCGUACCAACAACGAUGGCUAUUACCGGGACCCCCAUAACAACAACAACAGCAGUGCAGAUUACGGUAAUAACAGCGGCAGCAACAAUAAUAACAAUAAUUACUUCAACAAUAACCAGGCAUCCGCGGCACCGCCCAGCGUCCCAGCCAAGGACAUCGCGAGGAAGCCCGUUGCGGCCUUCUCGCUCUCGCCAUCUGAUUCUCCUUCUUCGACCGCUAAUACCGGCGCCAUCGCCGGUUCCCCCACGGCGGCGGCCGCAGCUUCUUCAUCCGGGAAACGGAUGAGUUUCUUUAGGCGGUUUAACAAAUCGUGA